AUUCUAGGGUUUCUUUCACUUCUCAGUCCCGUCUUCCUUCCUUCUCAAUUUCCGUCUUCCUUCUCCUAAAUUACAGGUUCUGCAGUAAAUUUGCAAUUUUUUUUUGUUUUUGUUUUGCUGUCUUACAUUGUCGGAAGAUUCUGCUUGAAGAUUUAUGACAUGGUGAAGGGAAAGCUUAUUUUAAUUUGUCAGUCUGGUGGUGAAUUUGUGAAUGAUGUCGAUGGGAACUUGUCAUAUAAAGGAGGAGAGGCAAAUGCUGUCAAUAUAAACCAAGAUACUCCAUAUGAUGAUCUCAAGAUAAAAUUGGCAGAGCUGUGUAAUCUGGAGCUUACGACAGUGUCAAUUAAGUAUUUUCUUCCAAAAAAUAGGAAAACUCUCAUUAAUUUAAGGAGUGAAAAGGACUUCAAGAGAAUGGUUGAGUUUCAUGCUAAUUCUGUUACAGCUGAGAUUUUUGUCAGCGGGAAGGAAGGUUUUGAUCACGAUGCAUUGAAAACGUACACUGAGAGGACAAUUGGCUUAAAACUGGCUGAGAACGUAAAUCAUCAUGGCACACCUGCAGGUGCUACUGAUUCUGGUGGUCUGAGUACAACACCUUCUAAGGCUUCCCUGCUAAGGACUGUUCGAACAGCUGCUGUCUCUCCUAUAGCUAUUCAAAGCGAUUGUCUGAUCGAUGUACAUAUCAGCUGCCAAGAACCUGCUAUUAAUAUGGCAGCUGAAAGCCUCAGUCAUGCCACUACUUCGUCAAACCCUUCUUCUGGCCAUGUUGCUGAGGAUGAUUCUGACUAUACUCCACGUUCACGUGCUGCUGUUAGUAGUACUGCCCAGAGCCCAAUUAGCUUUGACUACGAUGCUACCCCUGCUGAUACCGUGAAGAAGCGCAGGCGCACUGCUUCCUGGAAAAUUGGUGCCAAUGGUCCAACCAUUGUUGUGACUGAUAGUGAUUCUAAGGAGAAGUUGCGAAAGAAGAAGAGUCGAAGUUCAACUGGCGUAAUGGUGGGAAAUGACAUGGUGGAGGAUGAAGAUGGUGUUGAAUUACCUGAUAGUUUUGACAGUUCCUCUCCAAUUACUUUGCGUGAUGAAGAUCUGCCAGAGAAGCUAGUUGCCACUUGGAAAGAAGGUAUUACUGGUGUUGAUCAGGAUUUUAAGAGUGUGAAAGAGUUCCGGGCUGCACUGCAAAAGUAUGCUGUUGCUCAUCGCUUUGUCUACAAGUUGAAGAAAAAUGAUGCUACCCGUGUAAGUGGCAGAUGUGUGGUAGAGGGUUGUUCUUGGAAAAUUCAUGCAUCUAGGGUCCCUGAUGCUCAAACAUUUAGGAUCAGAAAGUAUAAUGAUUUGCAUACAUGUGAAGGCAAAUCCUGGAAGUCUUCUCAUCGUACAAGGAAUUGGUUGGUAAGUAUCAUCAAGGAAAGGUUACGAGAUUCUCCAAAUGACAAACCCAGGGAAAUCGCUAAAAGCAUUUUGCGUGAUUUUGGGAUUAAAUUGAGAUACUCACAAGUAUGGCGAGGGAUGGAAGAUGCCAGGGAGCAGCUUCAAGGUUCGUACUCAAAGUCAUAUAACAGGCUGCCUUGGUUUUGCGAAAAGGUAGUAAAUACUAAUCCUGGAACUGUUGUUAAGCUUGUGCUAGACGGUGAGAAAAGACUUCAGCGCUUCUUUUUCUCACUUCAUGCCUCCAUACAUGGUUUCAAGCACGGUUGCCGACCCCUUAUUUUCCUUGAAGCUACAUCUCUAAGAUCUAAGUACAAGGAGACUUUAAUAACAGCAACUGCGGUUGAUGCAGAUGAUUGUUUCUUUCCUGUUGCUUUUGCAGUAAUAGAUAUUGAAAAUGAUGAUAGUUGGCGUUGGUUUUUGGAGCAACUAAAAUCUGCAUUAUCAACUUCUCAUUCUAUAACUUUUAUUUCAGAUCGAGAGAAGAAUUUAAAGAACUCUGUGCUUGAGGUGUUCGAGAAUUCUUCUCAUGGCUAUUCUAUUUUUCAUCUUUUGGAAAGCUUCAAGAGAAAUACGAAGGGUCCAUUCCAUGGUGAUGGGAGAGCUGUUUUACCUGAAAUUUUCCUUGCUGCAGCUCAUGCAGUCCGACUUAAUGGUUUUAAAAGUUUGACUGAGCAAAUUAAACAGAUUUGUUCACACGCAUAUGAUUGGUUGAACCAGAUUGAGCCCGAGUGUUGGACGAGUUUGUCAUUUAAAGGUCAGCACUAUAAUUAUAUCACAGAGAAUGUUGCAGAACCAUACUCCAAGUUGAUUGAGGAUUCUCGAGGAUCAACAAUAAUGCAAAAGAUAGAAGCCUUAAUAUGUAUGCUCAGUGAUCUAAUAGAUCAUCGUAAAUUGGAGUCAAGUACUUGGUCCACCAAACUUACUCCAUCAAAAGAGAAAAAGAUACAGAAAGAAGCUGCUAAAGCCCAUGGUCUAAAGGUUCUAAUCUCUUCUGAUGUCUUAUUUGAAGUUCAUGAUGAGAUGACCCACGUUGUGAAUAUUGAAAACCGUGAGUGCACGUGCUUUGAGUGGAAACAAAGUGGUCUGCCUUGCUGCCACGCGGUGGCUGUGUUCAACUCUAUUGGUAAAUGUGUGUAUGAUUACUGCUCGAGUUACUUCACGGUUGAAAGUUACCAUUUUACAUAUUCUGCAUCUGUAAAUCCGAUACCUGGGAUUGGAACACCAGUUGAAGAAGAUGGCGAGUCAGAUACUGCAGAUGUGCUACCCCCUUGCCCUCCAGAAUCGCCAAUAGAGGAAAAACCAGAGGAGACCAAAACUAUAGACCCAGAUAAGAGGACAGUAACUUGCAGCAAGUGCAAGGAACCUGGACAUAAUAAAGCUUCAUGCAAGGCCACUUUAUAGGUCCUUUGCUCUUCCCAUUGUUUGCAUCUUGUACAGCUCUUAUAGUUACAUGGUAGUGACUUGUGAUGUAUUGCUCAUCGUCGCUCUCUGCAUUUCUACAGUAACAUUAUUGAUUUAUUUUCAUUUGAGAAAACAUAAUUUCUGGGUUUUGAACUCAGAAAAGCAAGGUGUAAGAUAAGAUGAUG